CACUGACUCUGUGGUUCAUAAGGACAAUGACUCCCCAAGUUUGGACUCUCUGGUUAAUGAAACUCUAAAGCAAGAGCAGGGCGGCCAGGCAUGCAUUGACUCUGUGGUUCAUAAGGACAAUGACUCCCCAAGUCUGGACUCUCUGGUUAACGAAACUCUGAACCAAGAGCAGGACACCUCAACAUCCACUGACCCUGUGAUUAGGAGUAAUGACAGCAUCUCCCCAAGUCUGGACUCUCUGGUUAACGAAACUCUAAAGCAAGAGCAGGACGGCCAGGCAUGCAUUGACUCUGUGGUUCAUAAGGACAAUGAACUCCACAAGUUUGGACUGCCUGGUUAAUGAAACUCUGAACCAAGAGCAGGACGACCAGGCAUGCAUUGACUCCUUGGUUCAUAAGGACAUUGAACCCACAAGUUUGGGCUGCCUGGUUAAUGAAACUCUGAACCAAGAGCAGGACACCCCAACGUGCAUUGCCCCUGCGAUUAGGAGCAAUGACAGCAUCUCCCCAGGUUUGGACUCUCUGGUUAAUGAAACUCUAAAGCAAGAGCAGGACGGCCAGGCAUGCAUUGACUCUGUGGUUCAUAAGGACAAUGACUCCCCAAGUCUGGACUCUCUGGUUAACGAAACUCUGAACCAAGAGCAGGACACCUCAACAUCCACUGACCCUGUGAUUAGGAGUAAUGACAUCAUCUCCCCAAGUCUGGACUCUCUGGUUAAUGAAACUCUAAAGCAAGAGCAGGACGGCCAGGCAUGCAUUGACUCUGUGGUUCAUAAGGACAAUGACUCCCCAAGUUUGGACUGCCUGGUUAAUGAAACUCUGAACCAAGAGCAGGACGGCCAGGCAUGCAUUGACUCCUUGGUUCAUAAGGACAUUGAACCCACAAGUUUGGGCUGCCUGGUUAAUGAAACUCUGAACCAAGAGCAGGACACCCCAACGUGCAUUGCCCCUGCGAUUAGGAGCAAUGACAGCAUCUCCCCAGGUUUGGACUCUCUGGUUAAUGAAACUCUAAAGCAAGAGCAGGACGGCCAGGCAUGCAUUGACUCUGUGGUUCAUAAGGACAAUGACUCCCCAAGUCUGGACUCUCUGGUUAACGAAACUCUGAACCAAGAGCAGGACACCUCAACAUCCACUGACCCUGUGAUUAGGAGUAAUGACAUCAUCUCCCCAAGUCUGGACUCUCUGGUUAAUGAAACUCUAAAGCAAGAGCAGGACGGCCAGGCAUGCAUUGACUCUGUGGUUCAUAAGGACAAUAACCCCACAAGUUUGGACUGCCUGGUUAAUGAAACUCUGAACCAGAGCAGGACACCCCAACGUGCAUUGUCCUCUGCGAUUAGGAGCAAUGACAGCAUCUCCCCAAGUUUGGACUCUCUGGGUAACGAAACCUAA